AGUAUGCAGAGGCCACUUGUUCUGUUUUAGACCUCAUGUGAGCCGUUGUGGGCCAAAAGCAACAAAACACAAAUAGCUGCCAAGGUAAAUCUCAUGCUUGUUAUACAAACAGCAUUACAACUCUCCCGGGUGAAAUUACUAGGGUUACAUAAGGACAGUGUCCACAACACUGUACUUUUGUUGGAGAAGUUUUCUAGCGAGAAAAGUAGAUAAUUAUCAAUCUAUAUGAUUGGUUAUAUCACGCAAAUGUUCACACGCAGAGAGGCAACAGGAUUAUAUUCUCUCCUCCUGAGGUUAGACUACUGUACAUAGUUUAAGUCCCUUCUGGCCUAUUUAUAGUGUUGGCCCUUGCAACAAUGUCAUCUGUAACUCGAUUCCAUCUGUUAAGUCAGAGCAUGUUCGAUGUCAGUUGCCAGAAGCAGAAGCACUGCAGUUCACUUCCUGCUGACUCUCCUACAGGGAGCCCCAUGGAGUUUGUGGGACAAGCAAGACCUUCUGGGGCCUGUAACCUCUUAGAAGUGCCAGGCCUCAGCUCCUCGGACGUGGACGAUGAUGAGUAUGAGGUGGUGAACGGCAUCAGGCCCAAAUCUUCUCCUCUCCCACGUAGAAAGAGCUCUGUCAGUGACGAGGACUCAGAGCCUGAGCCGCCCCUGUCUGGCUCCAGGAGAGUGUCCUUUGCAGAUGCCAAAGGCCUCAGUUUGGUGCAUGUAAAGGAGUUUGACACUUGGGAUGUACCCAAGCUGCCACUAUGUGACUCUUCUGAGGGUGAAGGUAGAGAUGCAGAGGACUACUUCCUAUCUCCUCUCACUUUCUCCCUUCCGUUGUCUAAUAAGGAGUUGUUUGUCAAAGUCCGGGAGCAGAAAUUGGAGUUAGAGGCUAUCGAGUUACUUCCAGGGACCACAAUACUUAAAGGAGUGAUCCGUGUCCUCAACAUCUCUUUCAGUAAGGCGGUAUAUAUUCGAACCACUUUGGACUCAUGGUCAAGCCACUUUGACCUCCUGGCAGAGUACAUGCCUGGUUCCAGUGACAGUCUGAUGGACAGUUUCUCAUUUAAGCUCACCCUCGUGCCUCCAUUCGGGGAGCAGGGAGCCAGAGUUGACUUUUGUUUGCGAUAUGAGACUGCGGUGGGGACAUUCUGGGCCAACAAUAACAACAGGAACUACGUGCUGUUCUGUCACCAGAGAGUGAAAGAGAGGAAAGAGAAGCCACAGAAGGAAAAUGUGAACAAAAAAGGCUGCCUUAAGACUUUCAGUCAGAACUUCUCCACUGUGGAAAACAUGUCUGCAAUGGAAGAUUCAGCUCAGAAAAACAUUUCACCAGAUGUGUCACAACAUGGAGAGGAAGUGGACACUAUGAAAGCCAAGCAAAUCUCUGAUGGCCAGUCAGGAACAUCAGAGGAAGAUCGAAAGAAAUUAGUGACCGAGAACAGACCGAACUGCAGCCGAAGACGUUGCAGAAAGGCUGCACGGAUGGCUCGGGUGAGGGACUACUUUUCUCAGACAAAGGGUGGAGCGGAUGACACUGAAAGAGAUGAAUCACCUCCAGAAGCAAAACAGGCAGCUCAAGAAGAAACCCCGGAGGAGAAGCACUCAGAUGUGCGAUCAUUUCCUGAGGGGAGCAGUAAAUCAGACGGUUCUCACUUUGUUUCUGAAUCACUGGAAACAUGCAGCGAACCUCUCCUUGAUGUUCAACAUGAUACGUCACCAGCACACAACUGCACGUCUAACAACGAGACAGAGGAAUCUGCGAGCAUCAAUUUGGCUGACUCAGCCACAUUACCAGGAGGUGAGAGUGCCAGAGAUAUUUUAGACAACCCAUCAAAUGAUGAACUUGCUCCCGCCGAAUGCCAAAAUAUCAACAAGUCCGUCUCAAACGCUGAGGAAUGCGACAUUACAGCUGAACCAGCUGACAGAGUUAUUUCAGUAGUGAACAGUGAAAGCCUCGUUAGCCAGACCAGCAGCUUCACAUUUGGAACCGUGGUGGCUCCACUGUAUCAUCAGGUGUUUGGCAGGUUGGGAAGUGAAAGCGGUUGGGCAAAUCCAGUACAAGCUACACUGAAUGCUGGAAUUACAACUCAAAGUUACACUCACACUGAAAGCGCACUUACUAACUGCACUGUUCGUACAGACGCUAAUGAUGACGAAGUUCAGGGAAAUGUGACUGAGACCCAGGAAUCAAACAAAGAAUGCUUGGAUGCCACCACAAAUAGCACUGCCAUUGAAGAAGAAGAAACAAGCUUGAGUGUGACAGCAAACAACAUCCUGCACCAUGCAGAAACACUGCAGGAUCCAGAUGAUAUUAUACAUUCAGACCAGAGACGCACUACAUUGGAGGUUCCAAAAACUAUUUCAGGAGACACAGUCAUACAUGCACAUGCUGUAAACAUUUUAAAUACACAUUUGUUGAAUCCACAUAUACCCACUGAGAAUGUACAUCUCCAGGGAGAAGCGCAGGAAGACAAUCUCACUCAUGACCUGCCAGAGCAUACAUGUACACAAACUAAAACUAAUCUAGAUGAAACCCUUGCACAAAGUGAAACACAAGAGGUCAUGACCAGUCUAGAAACCUCAUUUAUGUCACUUCAACCUUCUCAGAGUGUAUCAGAGCGUGUUAGUGAUGACGAGACCGACCAACAGACCAGCCGCAGUGAAGCAACCGACUGUAAGUGCGUACGUGAAUCAAACAACAAUGAUGACGUCGGCAAAACAGCAACCAUAUCAUCAACCAGUGGCAUUACAGAGGAGGAUAAAGCUUUCCGUGAUUUGAAUCCUGACCACAUCAAUAAUUCAGCUGCAAAAGGAACUGACAAUAGCUACGUUUCUAGUUUUGAGAUUGUGGAGGAAAAGAACGUCACAGCAACUCAGAUAUCUUUUGAAACUAAUAAUGUGGAAGAAGGAAAGAAACUGGUGAACAACUUGCAUAAAGAUGAAACAAAACACUCUGCUGAAAUGAAGGUCAUUGGUGAGGUAGCUGAGUCAACAACAAAAGCAACGAUGAGUAAUCACAUACACGGUGACACGUUCUCGGAGCUCAAAGAUGAAGACACACAAAAAACAGAGCAUCUUGAAAUGGAAGCUGCUGUCGCAAAACAGGAGAAUUUGUGUUUUGCAGACACUACUGAGGUAAACUGGGAAAUGAUGGUUGAAGAAGAGGAGAAAAACAUAUUAACAGAAGAAGAGGAAAGUGAGGCAGUAAGUUUAAAAACAGAGAACAAGGCUGAGGAUGCAGAUGUUUUAGAGGGAGAGCACACGAUUGGAGAGGAGGACUUUGGGGAGAUUGUGGCUGGAAAAGACAGGGAAGACGUGAACGAUUUAGACUACGUUCAAGCCACAAAGACAGCUGGAGAGGAAGAACAGGCUGAGGAGAUUGAAGUGGAGAAAAGAGAGGAACAAGAGGAGUCAGAGUUAGAGAAAGAAAAACACUUUACAGAGAUACAAGAGGUCAGUAUUGAAAAGACAAAUGUCCAAGAUGAAGAGAAGAUAGAGGAGGAGGAAGAAAUGGAAAUAGACUUGAUAAAUGACGAUGAAGCAAGUGUGGAGUGGGAGGUUAAGGUAAAACCAAGGGAGCUAAAUGUAGAAGAAGAGAAUCCAGAUUACAAGGAGGAAAUUCUAGUUGCUGAAACAGGAGGGUCAGAGAUUGCAGAUGCAGAGUCAGAGACCAUGAUAAUCGACGGGGGAAAUGAAGUGGGGUGUUUUGAAGAGAGGUUAGACAAUACACAAAACAAGGUUGAGGAUGGUUUAUCUGCUCUGGUGAACAAUGUGCAGGACAAGAGAGUAGUAGACAGAGAAAAUGAUGGACACAUCCCAACUGAAAUGCAUCUUUACAAGGAGGAAGAUAUCCAAAGCAACGAGCACGUUACACAUGACCUAUCAAAAGCUGCGACAGAUGAAAACGAACUUGUCGCUGCGGAGGGCGGUUCGCGCAUUUUUACAGAUGAACCUAAAAGCGACCCAACGAGCCACGACAGCGCUUCAGCAGAGUCCGACUCAGACGACGAGGUGGAGUUGUACAUGCACUGUCUGAGGGCCGUUCACACUGGGGCACAGGGCCAGAAAGACAGGAACAAAGAUACAGGUUUUAGUGUGGGCAAAAGGCCCUCUGUAAGCAGAAGCAAACUGGUGUCCACACCCAUGCCACCCAUCAGUGAAUCUCUGGAUGAAGACCAGCACCUGAGCCAUCUGAAGGACCAUCACGAGGACACAGAGAGUGCAGACAUCCAACACACAGCUGCAGCUCUGCCAGCGUCAGGUGGACAGGAAAGCAUCAACAGAAAUGUUUCAUGGUGGAAAGAGACUUUUUCCUGCAGCAAUAUCUCAAGCACAUUGUUAUAUGCCACCUUGUUAGUGGUAUUUUUAGUUGUGGCCUACCGUUAUGAUUUUUUUGCCUGUUUUGGGCUCUACUUGAUAUCAGUGGUUUGGCUCUACUGUCAAAGAGAGAGGCAGCCAGAACAACAAAAACAACAACACAACAGGUUGAAUUAAACUGUAAAAAUCUGUUUUAGUUGUGGUAUUGUUUACCAUGGACUUCAGAGGUUCAUGGGUGUACAAGGUGCUGACAUGACACCCACAAAAUAAUAACUCUCCCUUUUUGCUACCUCAUACCACAAUUUGAUUAUUCCCAUUAUGUAAUAUUUGAGCAAGACCUACACAAUUACUAAUGGUUUAAAUAGAAGUAGAUGAAGAAAAUACAUACAACAAUGAAUUAUAAUGGGCAUUACAAGUAUAUAUGACACAUAUCAGAAUAAAUGCUGUGUAUUCCCUAUGGGAGGAUGUUAACUCUCUGUUGUGAGAGUAUAAACACAUUUUCUUUAUGCUUUACUGUACAUAAAACUUAGCGUCGACAACAGGCUGCAGACCAUUGCUCACACUGAUCAGUUCUGCACAGCGGUAAUGCAUUUUUGAGGUGUAAAUGAAACCUAUCAGUGUUCUGUGUGUAUUUACUUUUCAUAAGUCUGGCAUGAAUAAAUUGUAGGCCUACAAAAGACAAAUAA